AUGGAUCACAGCUAUUGUUUACCAUCUGCCAAAUAUGAAUAUGAGGCCACCAAAAGUGAAGAAAUCCCUGUGGAUAGUGACACUUCAACAUGGGCUACAAGUUUUAGUGCUAAAACAGACAUCAGUGAAUCAGAUUUGUCUGAUAACAAAAAGAAACCCAAGAAGCCACCUGUUGUCAAACCCAAAAAGAAGGCAGAGAAACUGAAAGACAUUACGAAUCAGAAACCAAAGGGAGGCAGUCGUGAAUUGGCCAGUAUCUUGCCACCACCUACUCCUAAACCCAAACCUGUUUAUCGACCAAGAAGUUAUCAAGAAGAACGUCAGAUAUUUUUUGAAAUAUUUAGUCGUGGUAUUGAUGAAGAAGAUAUCCGGUAUAUGAAGAGGACCUAUGAUGAUCUCAUGCAGUCAGAUGAUCCUAUGUUUUAUUGGCUCAGUUCAAUAUUAUGGGUAGAUCAUCCACAUACUAAUAUUCCAGACCCUGCACCUCCUAAGAAAAAGAGAAGAAUCGAUGAUCCACCUUUACCCAGAACAAAUAAAACAGGUUGUAGUAGGACAGAAGGAUAUUACAAACUUACUGAAGAAGAAAAAGCACCUUAUAUGUGGAAUUCUAGAAAUGUAUCUAAAAUUCCUGUAUACAAAGCUCAAGAUACAGCUAAGAAGAAUAUUCAAUCACAAAGAGAUGCUAGAAGUGAAAAUAGAAGAUUGCAGUCAUCUUUUGCAGCUAUUACUGAAAUGAGUGAUUUACUCAAAUUUAAUCAACUUAAGUGUCGUAAGAAGCAGUUGAGAUUUGCUAAGAGUCCUAUCCAUGACUGGGGUCUGUUUGCGUUGGAACCUAUAGCAGCUGAUGAGAUGGUGAUUGAGUACGUGGGUCAGAAUAUACGUCACUCUCUAGCUGAACUAAGAGAGAAGAAAUAUGAAGAAGAUGGUAUUGGUAGUAGUUAUUUAUUUCGUGUUGAUCAUGAUACUAUUAUUGAUGCCACUAGAGUGGGCAAUCUAGCUAGAUUUAUCAACCACUGUUGUAAUCCUAAUUGCUAUGCAAAGAUUAUUACCAUGGACUCUCAUAAGAAGAUUGUUAUUUAUUCUAAACGUGAUAUUGAUGUUAAUGAAGAAAUUACUUAUGAUUAUAAAUUCCCAUUGGAAGAUGAGAAAAUUCCUUGUCUGUGUGGUGCUCAGGGUUGUCGUGGAACGUUAAAUUAG